UAUUCGCGUCGAAAAAGUAACGUUUUAAACAAUGUAAAGCAUCUCGUGUAGAUACGCAACAAGCGUCAAUGCACGAGAUACGCAUCGAUUUCGCCGGGAAAACAUGAGUGGUAGAAACAAAAGAGUAGUGAAUAUAAAACUCAUGUAUGGUAGUGGAUUUCAUAUGCAAUGUCAAUCAUUUUUUGGAACAGAUGUACGACGAAAAGCAAAGGACAUGGCACACCUGUAGAUACGAAAUGCUGGACUAGUGGAAGUUGAAGAGUAGAAAAUAAAUAAGCAGAAAGCAGUAGAAGAUAGAAAAAGAAUUGACCCAUACGUAGUGACUACAUCAUACAAGAAUAUAAGGAUAAUGAGUCACGCUCAGCAGCAUGUACUUGCAAGUGCAAUAGUUCUUGCUGUGAUAGUGGUCUUCGGCAUCCAUGUCUUCCUGUUUCCUAUGUACACAUCCAAUCCACCAGCCCGUCACAUCAAAAUUUCAACAUAUGAACAAGCUCUUUGUCGUACCACCUUAAAAAAUAUCAGGAUACCACCAGAGUGGAGGAAUCCCUGCCCCAAAUAUGGAAUAGUUUCUGCAGUUCAAGGUGGUAGGCUUGGAAAUCAAAUCUGGGAAUACGUAUCAGUAUGGGCCACUGCAAGAAGGACUGGUUUGGAACCAUUUAUGCCACGAUGUAUACUGAAGACUCUUGAAGAAUAUUUUGAAAACCUUAGUAUUCCACCGCUUAGUUACAUUGGAAGAUGUAAUUUGGAUGUAAGUCAGGUCGUUAAUUCUCUUGGACAAUGGAACAGUACAGAACAGAAUAUCAUCAUACCAAGACAUGCAGCCUACUGGUCCCUUAUUCUGGUGUGGUUGGAUGAUGUACGAAGAGAAUUUACAUUUAAACCAAAUUUAAGAGCUUAUGCAGAAAAGGUAUUGAAAGAGGUAGCAGAAGAAUUUAAUUUGUCUGAACCAACAUUUGUAAGCAUACACAUACGAAGAACAGAUUAUGUGGAUUAUCUAUGGCAAAAACUAAAGAUCCGACCUGCACCAGUCAGCUAUUAUUUUGCAGCAAUGGAUUACUUUAUUGGCAAGUAUCAUAAUGUAGUAUUUGUAGUAACUAGCGAUAAUAUAGUUUGGUGCAAAUAUAAUUUGAAUAGUAAAAAACAUAGAAUCAAAUUCGUAUCGGAUAUGGAUGCAAGAGGUCCAGGCAAAGACCUCGCGGUUUUAUCAGCAUGUAAUCACAGUAUUAUAGAUUAUGGUACAUAUGGUUCAUUUGGCGCAAUUUUAGCCGCUGGUGAAACCGUUGUAUAUAACGUAACAACAUACUUUUCUACAUUAAUUGCCGAAGUUUUGCCAAACUGGAAGAUAAUGAGUUGA